UUAGAAGGCGGAAGCAAAUCACCUACCCAGUAGCAAUAUGGCAGCUCCCAGGUGUAGUCGCUGCGCUUGGUUACUUCUUGUAUUUAUUUAUUCGUUAUACGUGAUGGUAAUAAGUGAAGAACCUACGCCGGGUAAUGAACAGCAUGCAAGUGUGGUUGAUAAUCCACAAACACCGGCGGAAACAGUGAAGCAGCCGACAGAGGAGAGGCGGUGGGAAGCAACCCAGGUUGACGAAACAGUUCCCGAUGAUGCUGCUGCGAUCAAACCGGACUUACCUGUCCCCGAUUCGGUCCUGACACCAACACCGCCGCUCAAAGACGAGUUUCAGGAGGAGCUGGUCGUCAGACCGCUGCACUCCGGAGAUAUUUAUGCUAGCUUCCAGUUUCGCACCGUGUGGGAGACUGACUUCACCAGAGGAAGCAAAGUGUCCCACUACAGGCUGUUCCCCAAAUCUCUGGGUCAGGUCAUCUCCAAGUUCUCCGUGCGAGAGCUGCACAUCUCCUUCACACAGGGCUACUGGAGGACCAUGCAGUGGGGGCAGCCCUACCUCCCAUCCCCUCCAGGAGCUGAACUCUGGGUCUGGUUUCAGGACACUGUGACAGAUGUGGAUGCCACAUGGAAGGAGCUGACAAACGUUUUGUCAGGCAUCUUCUGUGCUUCACUGAACUUCAUUGACUCCACCAACACUGUUCAGCCCAGCGCCUCCUUCAAACCCCUGGGAAUUGCCAACGGUACAGACCACCGCUUCCUUCGCUACGCCACCCUCCCACGAGAAAUCGUCUGCACUGAAAACUUGACUCCUUGGAAAAAACUGUUGCCGUGUGGAUCCAAGGCCGGUCUGGCUGUGCUGUUGAAGUCGGAGAAACUUUUCCACAGCAGUUUCCAUUCCCAGGCUGUGCACAUACGGCCGGUGUGUCAGGACGGGCCGUGCAAAACCUCGUCCUUGGAGCUGAGGCAGACGCUGAAUGUGGUGUUUGACCUUCACGCCUCUGGACAGGGCAAACGAGAGUGGUCUUUGUUUAAGAUGUUCUCCCGGACCCUCACCGAAGCCUGCCCUCUGGCCUCCUCCAGUAAAAUAUACAUCGACGUCACAGACAACCCUCAGGAGGACCAGUUUGAGCUCAGUCCAGCUACUCAUCUGCUGAGCCAGGCGGUGGUGUUGGGGGACAGACGGACCUUUUCCGUCUAUGAUCUGACCCAACAAGUCACCUUUGGGACUGUGCGCUCCCUUAAUGUGCUGAUUCGCUGGAAAUCCACAGAGGGCGACAUGCUUCGGCCCUUGCUCCACGCCGAGCGUUACGUUGCUGGGUACGGGCUGCAGACCGGAGAAAUCCACACCUUAAUGUACAACAACCAUCCCUUCAGAUCUUUUCCUGUGCUGCUGCUGGACUCUGUGCCCUGGUAUCUGCGUCUCUACGUUCACACGCUGACCGUCACCAGCAAGGGAAAGGACAACAAGCCCAGUUACAUCCACUACCAGCCGUCCAAAGACCGAAUGCGGCCCCACCUGCUGGAGAUGCUGGUCCAGCUGCCUCCACACUCUGUCACCGAGGUUACAGUGCAGUUUGAGAGGGCUCUGCUCAAAUGGACCGAGUACACGCCUGAUCCCAACCACGGAUUCUACGUCGGGUCUUCGGUUGUCAGUGCUCUUGUGCCAAGUACUGUAGCCAUGAACACAAACAUCACCAAGGAGCAACCCCUGUUCAGCACUUUUUUUCCGACCAAAGAAGAGUCUAGCUACUUCAUACGCGCCUACACAGAGCCUCUGCUGGUGAACCUGCCCACUCCAGACUUCAGCAUGCCUUACAAUGUUAUCUGUUUAACGUGCACCGUUGUGGCCGUGGGAUAUGGCUCCUUGUACAACCUGCUGACCCGAAGCUUCCAGGUAGAAGAACCCAAUCCAGGAUUGGCCAAGCGAAUAGCCAACGUUAUCCGCAAGAUGAGGGGCGUGCCGCCUCUGUGAGGAAGCACCCGAGGAUCCAUUAGGUUGCUACAGAAGUAGGUCCUUCACAGAAUAGAAAAGAAACCCAAAGGCGUUAAUGUUCAGGGAAGAACUGAGUCAAGCACUGGCAUGCAUGUACAUAAAAAGGGCAAUUUGAAGUUUUUUUUUUGUUGCUUUUUAAAUUUAAGUACAUGGGAAAUGUACUAGUUAACUAUAAAAGUGUUUUUGUGUCUGAAACAAGAACAUUUAUAUACUAUAUUGCCAUAUGGUCCUGUUAAUAUGCUUCUGAAUUUCUUAAAAACAAUUUUUACUGUUGAACUUUUGCUGUGUUUCUGACCCUCUAUUAGAAGAAGAUGUCUCAAGAUAAAUCAAACCAGAUUUAUUUUUUUUUAUUUUUGUUGGAAUUACCAAAAUUGUUUCUGUUUGCUAACCACCAAAAUAAUUAGAGAAAGAAUAUUUGGGAAAUUAAUUUAUCAAUAUCUUCAGAGCCAGGAGAUGUUCUGAAUCCAAAAAUCACAUUGGUUUUGCUCAGUCAGGUCAACUUCCUGAACUAUGGAUGCAACAUGAGCAUUUUGAUCAUUGGGGAAUUUAAUAGAAAUAGUUUCGAUAAUUCUGAAAACAAGAGAAAUGUAGUCUGAUUUAAUUUCAGACAGUGAGGAAAAACGAAAGGUAUAUAUCUUUUUAUGCGGUGCACGCAAACCUCUGGUUUCCAAUUUUAACUGUGUUUUUAAGCAUAAGAUCAUCAUUUGCGUAGUCUAUUAAAACACAUCAUAAAGUAAAAAAAUACACACAGACAGAAGAACAAUUUGACAUUUUUGUUCAUGAAAAUUGUAUUAAAGAAGUGCAAGAGACUCAAAAACGAUGUGUGUCAUGGCUGUCUGCACGCACGGCCACAUGAUGUCGGACAGAACUUCUUAGCCCCUGGGCAGUCACCGUCGUGAUCACAGAAGUUAUAACACCAGGGCGUGAACUGUUUAUAGGGGCAACUUCCUGGCUUCUCUGAAACAUAAAGCGAAAAUUCAAAUAAUUUGCAGCUCGUAGGGAGUAAAUUAGAAAUUUUGGCAGUUUGUUCAUGUCUCACCUGGAACACUUGGCGUGCAAAUGUAAUCACACCCGUUGAAGCAGCACUUUUGAUUCACUGUACACUGUAUCAUGACUUGCACAAAAUGGCAGGGGCACAUUUUCCAUUCUACACACAUUUCUCUCUUUCAAUGCAGUCAUCAUCAUGCACACACGGUCAUGAAAGAUUUUGGGCAGUGACCUGGUUUUAGACAAAUAAACUGGCAAAAUUGAAUGACUGGCAUGGAUUAAUAAACAGAUAAAAAAAGAAAAACAUUUUAUGAUAACACAAAAAUUUUACAAUGGUGAAACUUGCCAGGUUUCGGUUUUAAUGCAGAGACCACAAGUGAAUAAAGCACUAAAGGCAGAAAAGCUUUUGCAAACCAGAGAGUCCCAUGUUGAUUGCACUCCUGUGCUGCUGUCUGGACAGAUGUCCAAGUUAACAAGCUGUAAUCUGAUGACUCAGAAGAUGCUGGGUCCUUGUGCCAAUACUGUUACCCCAGGGCAGUCUUGAUGAUAAACAUUUCCAGCUG